AUGGCUAAGAGAUCUUCUCAAUAUGGACAAGUUUCUGAAAUAAUAACAAGAUAUUCGUUACAUAAACCUUGGUCAAAAAUUCUUCUAGUUUCUACUAAUUUUUUUAGAGCUGGAUCUUUUAUUCUUCAAAAUAUUAUUUUUGGUCUUAUAACCACCUCAUCCUCUUCUGAUACUAGUGGCUUAGAAGGUUCAGAUAACUCAGGUGGUAUUAGAUCUCCCCAGCUUGGUAAGAGAUUUCUGAACAAUCAUCCUAAUGCACCAGUGAUACUACCAA